UCGUAUAUAUAUAUACACACACACACACAGGCAUGCCAGGGGUGACGGAGGGAGUUGCUUGUUCCAAUUGCAAUUGUAGCAGAGCCAGAUAGCCAUUUCCAAUCUAGGCGUUCGCAUGAGACUAUGAAAAUGAAGGCUGGGGAGAUUUUGUUGCUUCUUCUUUGUUUGAAUGUCGUUUCCUUUGGAGUGAUUGCUAAUCCACCAACAUGCCCUGCUGAUAUUGGUAAGGAAUGUAGUGAUUCAGGUGAAUGGGAAGGGGAAUUCUUUCCUGGGAUUCCAAAGAUCAACUAUGAGGGCCCUUCGAGCAAGAAUCCUCUUGCAUUUAAAUGGUACAAUGCAGAGGAGGAGAUUCUUGGGAAGAAAAUGAAGGAUUGGAUGCGAUUUAGCGUUGCAUUUUGGCACACAUUUCGUGGGACUGGUGGCGACCCAUUUGGUGCACCUACAAAGUAUUGGCCUUGGGAAGAUGGUACAAAUUCAUUGGCUAUGGCCAAGAGAAGAAUGAGAGCCAAUUUUGAGUUCAUAAACAAGGUUGGGGUCGAUUGGUGGUGCUUCCAUGACAGGGAUAUAGCCCCAGAUGGAAAAACCCUGGAGGAAAGUAAUGCAAACUUGGAUGAAGUAGUGGCCCUUGCUAAGAAGCUUCAGGGAAGCAAGAUCCGUCCUUUGUGGGGUACAGCUCAGCUGUUUAUGCAUCCCCGCUAUAUGCAUGGUGGUGCUACUAGCUCUGAAUUAGGUGUAUAUGCAUAUGCUGCGGCUCAAGUCAAGAAAGCCAUGGAGGUCACAAAUUAUUUAGGUGGAGAGAAUUAUGUGUUUUGGGGUGGCCGUGAAGGUUAUCAGACUCUCUUGAACACAGAUAUGGGACGAGAGCUGGAUCAUAUGGCAAGGUUCUUUGAGGCUGCUGUUGCUUACAAGAAGAAGAUUGGAUUCAAUGGGACACUGCUCAUUGAACCCAAGCCUCAAGAACCUACCAAACAUCAGUAUGACUGGGAUGCUGCAACGGCAGCUAAUUUCCUGCGAAAGUAUGAUCUUAUAGGAGAAUUUAAACUGAACAUUGAGUGCAAUCAUGCCACUCUAUCCGGUCACAGCUGUCAUCAUGAGCUUGAAACUGCAAGACUCAAUGGUCUGCUGGGAAAUAUUGAUGCAAAUACUGGCGACCCGCAGAUUGGUUGGGAUACAGAUCAGUUUCUCACAGAUAUUGGAGAGGCAACUCUUGUUAUGCUCAGCGUGGUCAGAAAUGGUGGAUUAGCACCAGGAGGAUUCAACUUUGAUGCAAAAUUACGAAGAGAGAGUACAGAUGUUGAAGACUUGUUCAUUGCUCAUAUUUCUGGAAUGGAUACCCUGGCCCGUGGACUUCGCAAUGUUGCCAAGCUGAUCGAGGAUGGUUCUUUAGCGGAGCUCGUUCGCAAGCGAUACCAGAGUUUUGACACAGAACUUGGGGCUCAAAUAGAGGCUGGUAAGGUUGAUUUUGAGAUGCUUGAGAAGAUAGCCUUGGAAAGGGGAGAGCCCAAAGUUCCUUCGGCCAAGCAGGAACUCGCGGAAAUGAUUUUCCAAUCUGCAUUGUAAAGGAACAGCAUGCAGCACUAGACGACUAGUUUUUCUCUCUUUUCUUAGGGAAUAAUACGUAAUAGAGAUUUAACAAUAAGGGACAUAAAUCAUCUCGAAGCUAAUCUCAUAGUUUCUGCAUUAUGGAAAGUACAUGGGAUGUUGAUCUUUGUCCUUCCCUCGUAUAACCUCGGCAUUAUAUGAGGCCGGUGGGUUCCAUACGGGGGUCUCACAUUAUCUGUUCAAACUACUAGCAAUUUAAGCAGGUAAUUAACGUGGAUCCUUAUCCAUGUAUUGAGCUA